AUGGAUUUGAUCCCGCCGUCAUACAAGUCCGCAACGGACCGAGAUGCAUGGGCCAUUAUCGCCCAUUACAUCCCUUCUAGUGAUCUAUGUGCUGCCUCACUGGUCUGCCAUCGAUGGCACGAUUUGUUCAUGCCAUUCCUCUGGGGUGACCCGGCGUCGCAUUUCGGUACAGAGAAUGACGCAGUCUACGUGGCCCUGACGCGGUUUAGAAGAACUCUGAAAUAUGCCAGGCGAGAAGUACGGGCACUAACGCAUACGCUUCAUUUACCUCCGGCAUUAUCAGAGAUCUACGGCGGUCCCCGACCGGGUUGGCUGAGAGAUAUUCUGGAGUAUUUGCCCUGUCUGCAAUGCUUGAUGGUCUCAAGGCUACCAUUCUUUGAUCACAAUGCGAUGGUUGCUUUGAAAAAUCACCCCAGAUCCAGUGAAUAUAAUGUCCGCCUGUUGUUAGCGGAUCAUGAACCCAACACAACUUCAGCCGGCCUGGCGGAGACUAUACUUCGGUUUCCCCGGCUGACCUACCUGGACCUCUCGUAUACUAGGUCAGCACGAGAUCAAAGCGUUCUGUCCUCGCUGUCUCAGCUUGAAAACCUCCAAGUGCUGAAAUUGCGUGGUAUUGGAUUGAAGGAUACCGAUGCCGAGUUCCUGGCAAAUGCCAUUGGAACUAGGACUCGAUUCCUGGACGUGCGAAACAACAUGCUCACCGACAUGGCAGUGCGUUCCUUACUGCAAGCAUCGUUUACUCCACCAGACCGAGCAAAUGAACCAAGUCCAAGACGAAAUGGUAUUUCACCUGACCGAGCUCCUCCAGCAACUCACCACAAUCGCCAAUCAGAAUUUCUCAAAUCCCCAGACCUGGAUGAGCAAUAUCUCAAGUUUCUCGCACAGCCUGGCUCAAAUAAUUCCUGGAUAGAAGACCUGCCCUACACAGGGAUCACCCAUCUCUACAUCGCCAACAAUCCAAUCACAGUUGAAGGUGUUGCAGGCCUCCUGGCUUCAUCUCGCCUCAAUGCUCUUGAUGUUGGUACCGUGAACACCGCAGACGUCAUUCAUAAAACGGCUUCCAAACAUGGGAUAUACCCUGGAUCUGAGAAGCUAGUACCUAUCCUGGGCAAAAUCGCCGGGGAUAAGCUUACUUACUUUCGGGCUCACCAUGCCGUUGUUACUGCGGAGCCUCCGGCGAAAGACUCGGUACCUAAAGGCGACUACCUUCCCGAGCUUCCCGCCAGCAGCGAGGUACGACAUGAAGCUGAACUGGAUGCAUCACAGGAGAUCCAUGAGCUACCGGGAGAGAACAUUCCGGUUUUCGAGCUCGCAGAUACGUCAGUAUCGGAGUCUAAAGGUUCGACUGUCACGACUCCAGUUACGCGGCUGUUGAAUCCAUACGAGGAUGAACCAUUGUCCGCAGUCAGACGUGGAUCUGCGUUUGCACCGGAAGUUGUACUUGAUUCAAGUAACGACAGCAACUCCACUGUUCUUAAUGGCCCGCCUCCUACCGUCCCUGGCCAGCCAAAUGAUGAAGGCACCUUACAAUCAAUUUCCGCACUUUCAGUUCAGGAUGACGGAUCCGUGGCAUCAAUACCACGAUGCAGCUCCCCAAUAUCAAUCGAUGACCCACGAGCCCAAAGAAUCCAGGGGCUGCUCGCGAAACGUCCACGGAAUCAAUCUCUUCCUCUUCGAGGUGGGAAAGAAAGCCGAUUUCCCUACCUGCAUCCGUCCCAUAUUCCACAUCUAGAGACCUUGGUCUUAACGGACGUGCCCUCGCAUAUAUCACCCAAUUCUCCGAUCUUGUACACCUUGACUCGAUUCAUUACAGCUUGUUCCAAUGAAGCUCUACUUGCGACCCUCCAAGCCGGAUCUGAUUACUCCCUUCCACCCGGCCAAGCACGCAUACAAGCUGAACAACAGCGUUCUCGAACGCUCUUCGGUCUCCGUCGAAUAGUCCUUGAAGUCACACCCACCGAUAGCUCAACCCGAUUGACUACAUGGAAACCUGGAGUCCAAAACUCGAGUACAGGUGACCGUGACUCGGAGGCUCUCUGGGCCGCAGCAGCAGACGAUUUCAGCUUCUUCGAAGAAAUGGAGUGUGGUAUUCCCGAGAACGAUCCCGGCAAAUACUUCCCAAUGGCCGUGCUGAACGAGAAGGUUUCUCUCAUGCCCUCGGACGACGAUGCGUCGACAUAUUCACACUCUGGCGCUGAAUCACCUUUGCCAAGCCGCCGGAUCUCGCAGAGAAGCGUUACAUCUGCGGUGCACAGUACGCCUAGCUCGUCUCGACCGGUUGCAAAAGGGUCGCAGCCCACGCUCGUGAAAGAAAUCGAUCUCGUGGCGGAACUCGCUGCUUUCCGUCGUGCUAAAAAGGCUGAGUAUGAGCAGGUCGUGCGUCGGGAGAGAGGGCGACGUAGUACUAAUGGCACUGGGAGCUCGAGUUUACUCGCUGCAACGACAGCGCAGAUCUCAAUGGCGCAUUUCGUGGAAGGACAUUGGAAGGGGGAGAUUAAGAUUGUGAGGAACCCGACGUCCAAGAUGCGUAGCGGUAUGGUGGAUAUGUAUGGGAAUUACUUUGAGAAGGGCUAUCUUUAUCCAUGA